GGGAUAUGGACAAAAAGCUUAAUAAGAAGCAGAGGUCUGCCUUGACCCAAUUCACCGAGUUUACCGCACUAGGAAACAAGAAAUUAGCUAUUAAUAUUUUGCAGGAUGUCGGCUGGAAGGUUGACCAGGCUGUUGAAGUCUUUUACACUAAUUACGCAGGUCAGAUGAAUGAAGAGGAUGAGAAAGAGCAAGAAGAGGUCGUUCCUCCUGCUCCAGCGCCUGCUAGUCAAGAAGUAAAGGACCUUUUUAAGAAAUAUGCAGAUGGAGAGAUAGAUAUGGAUGCUGAUGGGAUUAAUCAGUUUUUAGAAGAUAUCAACGUAGACCCACUCGAUCCAGUAACCUUAGUCAUUUCCUAUUACAUGGAAGCUAAAAAUAUGGGUGAAUACACUCAAACUGAAUUUGUAUCUGGAUUCCAAAAGAUGGGUUGAAGUUCACUGCAUGAUCUCCAAGCAAGGAUUCCCUCUUUAAAGAGUGAACUAAGGUCAGACUCUGAGUUUCCAAAAAUUUAUAAAUUCACGUUUAACUUCUUAAAAGGCGAGGAAGCAAGGAAUGUGAAAAUUGAUUAUGCCAUCCAAAUGUGGGGGAUUCUACUAAAGAAUUUUUAUGGCUCCUCCAUAGAGCCUUUCUUGGAGAAAUGGAAUGCCUUUCUGGAGAACCAGAAAGAAACCCAAGGCAUCAACGGAAUCAAGAAGGACGAAUGGUGCAGCCUCAUUGACUUGUUUAAGGAGAAAGGUAUUGAACUUUCAGGUAUGGUUCCGGACGAAAUGGACUGCUGGCCUAUCCUUAUUGACUCAUUCUUUGAGUAUUUGAAUGGGAGUUAAGUGGAAUUCAAAAUUUUAGCAGAUAA